AUGGUAAUUAAUUUUAAAAAAGGGGAAAAAAUUAAUUUUAAUUUAAUAAAAGGUAAAAAAGAUGGGACAGUAAAUGGUUGUAAACUUCCUAACGGCAAUAAACUUGGAAAAUGUAUUAGAUACGAAAUGAGAAUGUUGACAGAUGAACAGAGACAAGCUUAUUUCAAAACAAUAAAAGAAAUGAAAGCAAAUAACGAUUAUCUUAUAAUGGCAACAUUACAUAAACAAGCUUGGGAUGAUGGUGCGGCACACAACGGCCCAUGUUUCUUGCCAUGGCAUAGAGAAUUUCUUAAAGUAUUUGAAUUAGCGAUGCGUGAAGCUUCUUAUAAGAUUCUCCAAACAGCAGAUGUUUGUUUGCCUUACUGGGAUUCGACAUUGGAUGCCCGCUUACCGACACCUAAGGAUUCUUAUUUUUUCACCGCUGACUUUAUUGGAAGUACAAAUGAUAUUGGACAAGUUAUUGACGGGCCUUUUUCACCCUGGGAAACACUAAUGAAUACAGAAUAUAUUGAAAGAGAUGUAGGUAGUCAUGGAGCCUGUUACCAGGAAGAACGCUUUACUUGGCAAAUGCAACAAACUGAUAUUACAAAUAUCAUUGCUUAUUCACAACCACCAAAUAGGGAUAAGUGUCCAUAUAAAGCACAAGCUGGAUAUCCAGAGUAUGCUCAUGGUGGUGUUCACACAUUUGUAGGUAAAUACAUGUCAGACCCAGGUACAUCAGCAAAUGACCCUUGUUUUUUCAACCAUCACAGUUUUAUCGAUUUGCUUUUUGAAGAGUGGCGUAAAGCAAGACAAGAUUAUAAUAGAAGGCCACUUGAUUACCCAGUUGAUAAUCCUGAUUGCGAAACAGAAGUUAACUACAAAAAUCAAAAUAUGUCACAAUUUCCAUAUAUAAGAAAUAUCGAUGGAUGUAGAAAUGAAUAUACAGACAAUAUGUAUGAAUAUGCUCCGAGGCCAAAUUGUAGUACCUAUAAACCAGAUUGCGGCUCAAAAUAUUUGUUUUGUGACCUCUCCAAUGGAGACCCUCAUUGCGCGGCAAAAGCGCGUCCGGGAGGAAAUUGUACAGGAUUCUUCAAAGGUGAGAAAAAGUUUGUUAUAACAGUGAAUGUGUGAACAAUGUCUGUGUUGGUCAAUCGACUCAGCCUACAUCGACAGCGGUCCCAACA